GUUCGCUCUGUUUUGCCUGAUAGAGUUGUUAGCCGAUAGGCUACAUUUUUUUUUCUUUGAAGGAGCAUUCACCCCGAAAGUUGUCUCAUUUCGGGGAACAACAAAUUUCGAUAGAUGAAACAUUCCUCGCCCCUGCUGAAAACAAAUUUUAACUUGCAACCAAUGUUUUCGUUUAAAAGGCUGCAAAAAUCUUGUCUCGACCUCAUGAAUCUAGUAGCUCUAAAAGCCGGAUAUUAUAAAUCUACUGUUCGCUUACUGUGAAUAACCAGCAACUAUAGGGAGAGUAGUUUUGGUUCUCAUUUAAAAAAAAAAUCUGUUUGGGUAGGGUUUCGUGACAUUUGUCCUGCAAACUCUGCCCAUUUUUUUUCCAUCGGCAUUGUUGAUAGCACAAAACAAUUUGUGCAGAAUCUUGAGUGUUGCAGGAUAAGCAUUAUGGGAACACUUAUUGCAAGCAGUAACUUGGUUGGUGCAUUGAAGGGACUUUCUCUCUCAUCCAGCUCAUCUUCCUUUUUCAAUGGGGAUAAGUCUAUCAUAGUAAAGCAGAGGUUGGCCUUUUCAUUUCAGUUAAAGACACCUUUAAUAAUUGAAUCUGCCCACAAGAAAGGAGCUGGUAGUACAAAGAAUGGACGAGACUCAAUAGGUAAGAGGUUAGGUGUAAAAAUCUACGGAGACCAAGUUGCAAAACCCGGAUCAAUAAUUAUCAGGCAACGGGGAACCAAGUUUCAUCCUGGGAACAAUGUUGGACUGGGUAAAGACUAUACCAUAUUUUCCUUAAUUGAUGGUCUUGUGAAGUUUGAGAAAUAUGGUCCAGACAAGAAAAAGGUGAGCGUUUAUCCUCAUAUGGUUCAACCUGAAAAUCUGAACAGCAGGAAGGUGAGGCAACGUGAGUAUUAUCGCCUUAGGCGGGAGCAGCAAAAGGCUAAAAAGAUGCGUAUUUCUUCUCCAGUACUCACAUUAGCUUCAGCAGAAUCAAAAGAACCAUCUGUUGACAAUGAAAUUUGCUAGUUGCAAGUAAAUUGUAGAGGUUUGGAACUUCCCUUUUCUUUUUCUGAACAAAACUGAGAUCUUCCACAUUCUGCCUUUGAGAUUCAAUGAUUCUCAGUGAGGUUUACAUUGCAAUAGUCUAGUCCUUCAGCUGUUGGAAGGUUAAUUUGAGAAACACUAAUCUCAUAUUUUGUGCACCGAUAAUGGAAGUACAUGGAGGAAUGGGAGAUUGAAAAUUGACACCAUUUGUUAAGCUUGUUACGGCUGAUGACCUUAAAAUGUAUGUAUUAUGAAAUUCCCUACAAAUUUGAUCCUUAUCAGAAGUGUAAUAUAUCUUCAACAAAGAGUUGUCUAUCCACUUUACAAAUGUGCUAUAAAAUGGAUUUUGAUAGUGGGAAUUA